AUGGCGGAGGCAGAGCGGAUGAUAGUUGGUGACGAACAGGGAGGACAGGGAGAAAAGGAAGAGCAAUUAGAAGGAGGGGCAACGGACGGGAAGGCAAUGGUUAUGGCGGCGAGUAGGAAGGAAAAGAGGAAAGGCAAGAAGAAGAUGAAGAGGAAGCAGAUGAGAAAGGAGAUAGCGGCGAGGGAGAGAGAGGAGGAAGAGAAAAGGAUGAAUGACCCGGAGGAGCAGAAACGGUUGAAGGAGAUGGAGGAAGAGGAGAGGUUGAGAAUGGAACGAGAUAGAAAGGAGUUCGAAGAGAGGGAGAAGAAGUUGUUGGAGGAGAUGGAGCAGAAGAGGAAGGCGGAAGAGGAGGCUAGAAGAGAUGCUGAAGAAGAAGAAGAGGAGGAGGAUGCUAAGAGAAGAUUGGAGACUCCAAUUGAGGAUGGAUGUGAUGUGGAUAGUAAUUGGGAGUAUGUAGAAGAAGGGCCAGCUGAAAUUAUCUGGCAAGGAAAUGAGAUAAUUGUCAAGAAAAAAAGGGUUCGAGUUCCUAAAAAGAAUGCGGAUGCCCAAAGGAAAGAGGAUGCCAAUAGGCCUACUUCUAAUCCUCUUCCGCCAGAAUUUGAGGCUUCCACUCUUUCAGCACAAAAGAUGCUUGAGAAUGUUGCUCAACAAGUACCAAACUUCGGUACUGAACAGGAUAAAGCUCACUGUCCAUUCCAUUUAAAAACUGGAGUCUGCCGGUUUGGUCAGCGUUGCAGCAGGGUACAUUUUUAUCCAGAUAAAGCAUGUACCUUGCUUAUCAAGAAUAUGUACAGUGGUCCUGGCCUUGCUUGGGAACAAGAUGAAGGACUUGAGUAUACAGACGAAGAGAUUGAACGCAGUUACGAAGAAUUCUACGAGGAUGUGCACACAGAGUUCUUGAAGUAUGGCGAGAUAGUGAAUUUCAAGGUUUGUCGAAACAGUUCGUCCCACUUGAGAGGAAAUGUGUAUGUUCACUAUAAGUCAUUGGAUUCAGCUGUACUUGCCUAUGAAUCCAUCAAUGGACGUUACUUUGCUGGGAAACAGAUUACUUGUGCAUUCGUUAAUAUCACCAGAUGGAAGGUAGCCAUAUGUGGGGAGUAUAUGAGGUCGAGGCUCAAGAACUGUUCUCGUGGAAAUGCUUGCAACUUUAUCCACUGUUUCCGCAAUCCUGGUGGAGACUAUGAAUGGGCAGAUUGGGACAAACCUCCACCAAGGUUUUGGGUGGAAAAGAUGACUGCUUUAUUUGGUCCCUCUGGAGACGCCGAGAAUUAUGAACACAAGGAAGAGAAAAUAGGGAGGGCAUCUAACAAGGCAAAUGUUAAUGAUAGAGAAAGGCAGCGUUCCAGAAGAUCCAUGUCCAUGGACUUUGGACAUCAGUCCGAUAAAAGAAGAGAUAGGGACAACUAUGCUCAUGAAAGUGCAUGGCAGGGGAGACAUGUAGACAAUAGAAAGAAAUCAACUAGAAAUCUAGUUGAAGACCAUCAUCAUUCUGCCAGAAGGCUAGAUUCUACAUCAGUAGAAGAGGGUUGGUCAGAUAGGGACAUCGACAACAAGGAGGAAUGCAGAAGAAGCAGCCGAUCAAGAAGUCGUAGUUCGAGAAACCACUACGAGGAGAAAAGGAAUGAUAAUAAGGAUGUGAUUUCAGAUAACGAGAAGAAGGGGUCCGGAAGCGGGCAACCAAGUCGCAAAAAAAGGAGCAGAAUAGAUCAUCAAAAUGGCGGGGAGAGAAAAAGAGAAAAUAACAGCAUGAGAUCUCUCGAUGAUACCUUCUUUCGUACAAGGUCCAAAAAAGUGGAGGAUGAUGAUGAUCAGCUUGAUAGACAACUGCAUGAUCCCAACGACCUUGAUUAUCAGCAGGAGAGGAAAAGCAGAGGAAGACAGCAUGGGAAAAGAGGAUGGCAUGGUGGUCAUGACGAGGAGGACUUGGAUGGUGAUAAUGAUGGUGGUGGGAAUGAUGUAAGCACCAAGCGGUUAAAGCAGAAUUCGGACAGGGAACGAUCCCCAACAAGAAGUCCAUCGAAUCGAAGGAGACAUUCAAGUAGGGGGAGUUCAGAGCGGCGUUCCUCUAUCGCUACUUUUGAAGAUAGGUGGGGAGCCUGA